UCUCCCUACAGUAGGGAGUAGAACCUUCCAGAUCUCAUAUACGCUGACCCUACUCUGGGUAUAGCUUGGAGCACCAGAAGCUUCUCCUACCUUCUCUACAGAUGUAAAUACAACAUUAUCCAAGUGUAAACUCCAGUCUAAAAGAAAUCAUAAUAAGUCUAAAAUGCCAGUGAAAGUUAAAAUGGAUGGUUUAGCAGAUUCUCUCUUUUCCCAGGACGGAGAAUUAUCUAAACUGUACUCCGGGAUCCGGAGUAAAAUCAACAAGGAGAAGCUGAACCAGUUUCCGUCCCUCACCGCCCAGCAGAGGCUGGACUGGUUGGUUGGGUCUGGAGCAGAGUUUAAAGUUGUACCUGGAGAAUCUAUUAAAAACCUGGAAACUGCUCUAGAAUAUAAAGAGAAAGGGAAUGAAUUCUUCAGAAAGAAUAAUUUUGGUGAAGCCUAUCAAAAUUAUACAAAGGCUUUGCAGUACUGUCCUGUUAACCUUGAUAAUCCGCCAGAUCCAGCUAAUAAACAGUACAGUAUAAUCUGGGCAAACAGGAGUGCAGCUCUAGAUGGCGCAGGAUUGUACGCGGCAACUAUACAUGAUAUCGAUAUGGCUCUCAAGUUUGGUUAUCCUCGUGAGCUCUGGUACAAGAUCUACAAAAGGAAGGGGCACGCCCUCAUCAAGAUGAAGCAGUACCUGGAGGCCAGGGAGGCGCUGGAGGUCAGCCUCAAGAACAUCGGGAGGUCGGAUAUUAAGAAGGAAAAGGAUAGAGAUAAUUAUAGAAUGAGGGUUAGAAAGCAGAUGACAGUGUUUAAUGUAACCAAAACGUUGUACAACACGGAGUUAAAUGAACGCAGUGAUUCAGUUCUAGCCGCAGGGAAACCAGAAGAUAGAGGACUGACAAGUAAGCUGAAAAUUUGCCAGGACGGUGCAAGGACAAAACUACAGGCUGAGGAGGACGUGUUACAGGAGGACGUUGUCCUCGCUCUCGACCCGUAUGUAGCAGUUGUCAACGUGUCUGGAGGCCGAGCUGGGGGCAAGGUUUGCCCCCACACCCUUGAGAAAAUGUUCCAUCCAAUCCCGUGCCGGUUUGGGAGUGAGGAAACCUUCAGCUCGGAAAAGUAUAGAGACGAGGCGAGUGAAUCGUAUCAUCAAUACGAGUGGAGAAUACUCUCAACUCUGAGCAAGGUCGGAUUGCUGGAGAAGGGUCGCCUGGCAUUGAGAAUGAUAACAAUGAUUAAACCUGGAGAUCUGAAGAAGGUUUAUGAUCUUGUGCAGAAGAAAAAGAAGGUGGAGGAGGUGGAGGAAGGUUUAAGAACUCCUGUUAAGGCGUUUGAUCUUCCAGUAGAGAAUGUAAGUGGUGAAGAAUCAUUGUUGUGCUCCGUGUUGGCUCUCUACCUGACCAGAUGCUUGAGUGUAUCCGGAUACCUAGAUCCUGCCUCCUCCAGGAGCAACCAGGAGUUAGAGUUAUUUCAUCUUCUUUAUCUAGCAGUUCUUAUUGCUCUCCGCUAUACCAGGCCUAUUGAAAUUCUGGAUGUUCCAAAACAGAAGGUUGGAAUACUAGAUACUGAGAUAGUGAGAGAUGUUUGUGGAUUCGGUAUCUAUCCUGAUAUACAUCAGAUACAGCAGUCAGCUACAGGUGGAAACUGUGACGUCAUUCGUUGGUUUGUUGCAAAGAAACUGGUUCUAUCUUCCUUUAGGAAGAUAGAAAAAGGAUCUUCUAUAAUUCUCUUCUCUGGUCCUGGUUUGUCGGAGCCGGAGAACAAGGGACCCAACGAUAUGAUCACAUUCAGGUGUGGUAACGAAUUGUGCACCAACUCCUUCCCCUUAAAGGAAAACACGAAGGAGAAGAUAAUCAGCUGCCCCCUGGAGGACUGCCGCCUCAAGACCAAUAUCUGGGAGAGGCUGAGGUUAAUCCAGAAGCUGAAGAAAGAUUUUGCAUCAGCUAAGGAAGAGUUGGAGAGGAAUGAGGUGACUCUAGCAAGAGAUAUACUUAAGGAUACCAUAGAAGAGUGGGAUAGAAUAAUAAUUAGGCCGUACAAGGAGGUGACCCAGCUGGAGAAGGUGUACGUGAAGAGUCUGCUCUGUGAUAUCGGGGACCAUGAGAGGAACCUUGUGGAGGGAAACCAGAUGGGGCAAAUUAUAAAUAUGAAGAAGAAACCGAAUAUUAUGCCGGAAACUGAGCCAGCUGAACAGGACACUUCUCUUGUCAAAGUUUAGAAACAAAUAAAUUAAUUGAGUAAUAAAAAAAAAUUUGAUUGUA